UUUGCUAGUCAAGCACUAGAGCUUCGUCACACACCAGAGAAUCCGUACACAAGUGCCUCAGUCUCCGAAAAGAAACUUGAUUCCACGGUUACUUCUGGUACGCUACGCUUGGUAAUGGAGUUCCGACGAAGAAAGAAGAAGCCUGACGUCAUAGAAACGACUUGUUUAGGCUUGGUGAACGUCUUAUAUACCUUUGAGACAAUGUGCGACUUCCAAUAUCUUCCGUUGAAAAAGCGACAGGAAGGUGAAGGAUUUGACGAUCUCAUCCCUCGUCUUAUACCAAGAGAUCUUCCAAGUGCCCUCUGCUGGUAUUUUCCAUUUUUUUUUCGAUGGAUAGUGGGAUCGUCCCGAUUCUUAUCCUGGCUACACCCCCUUUGUUCUUGCCGCCCUAUCCAAUUCAGUCGCUACAACACUCCAUCCACGAAGAUGCUAUGCCGUGAAUCGGACUUUACGCUAGAAAAGAUUCGGAAAAGGACAGGACAUGGACAAAAUCUACGACUUGAACGAAAGGCGCUAUCAGUGACCGUGCAAGCUAACGAUCCGUUCCCGGUUGCUCCGACUGAGGAAGCUGUUCUUGAUGCAGAUUUUAGGUGUAAAAAUGAGGAGCCGCACAGAAUGUUGGCUGCACUAUUUCGAGAGCGCCCGAUGUGGACUAGAAAUGCCAUCGCUUACAAAACAGGUCUAGACGAGAACCUGCUCAAGACCUUAUUACAAAAGUAUGCAUUCUACAUCCAGUCGGGACCUUGGGGUCGGCUUUGGUGCAAGUUUGGUUACGAUCCUCGUACUGAUCCGGAGUCAAUGCUAUAUCAAACCCUGAUGGUUUCUUUCAGGUAA